AUGAACGGGAUCCCUCACUCUCAGUUGGCACCUCUGCCUGACCGAGUGCCCUUCCGCAUUGUUUCUCCCACCAUCGGCUCGGGUGCAUACGCAUGCAUCAAGAAAGCUGCCCCUCUCGCCGCCGACAACCCCGUCUUCGCAGUCAAAUUCAUCAACAAACUCUUCGCCCAGAAGUAUGGCCGCAUCAAGCAAAAACAGCUGGAGAUGGAGAUAUCCCUACACAAGCACAUUGGUCUACACAAGAACAUUAUCGAGUUUUACGACCAUGGUGACGAUCCAGCUUGGGUUUGGAUAGCAAUGGAGCUGGCCGAGGGAGGCGACCUUUUUGACAAGAUCGAAGCCGACGCAGGCGUUGCGGAAGACAUUGCGCACGUUUAUUUUACCCAGCUCAUUAGUGCAAUCGGCUACAUGCACUCCAAGGGCGUGGCUCACCGAGAUAUAAAGCCAGAAAACGUUCUUCUAUCUGCGGACGGAGAUCUCAAGAUUGCAGACUUUGGAAUGGCCACCCUAUUCGAGUACCACGGCCGGACGAAACUAGCGACUACGUUGUGCGGAAGUCCGCCUUAUGUUGCUCCAGAGGUUCUUUCAUGUAGUACACAAGCUGGCACGAAAGGAAGUGGUUACGCGGCCAACACGGCGGAUAUCUGGUCAUGUGGGGUUGUCCUUUUCGUCUUGCUUGCAGGAAAUACCCCUUGGAGCAAACCAGUCGAGGGACGGGAUGAGUAUGGGAGACCGAAUGAGUUCAGCGAGUACGUUCAGAGCAAUGGGAAGCCGUCGGACGAGUUGUGGGACUCGCUUCCGCUAGAGGUGCUGUCCCUCCUCCGCGGCAUGAUGAGGGUCGAUGUGAAAACGCGAUUCUCCCUUGAGGAUGUACGCCGGCAUCCUUGGUUUACCAGGCCGAACAGAUUCAUGGACCAAAAGGGUCGGCUAAACGACCCGAUCACUAUGGCCACGAACAUGUUUGAAUCCCUCCGUGUCAGCUUUGAUGCAGAUCCCUUUGCAGGGACGCAGAGAAGUCAAAAACUGGACGCCAUGGACAUUGAUGGAGAUUUCCGGACCAAAUUCGCGUCAACCCAGCCAGAAACGCCCGGCGAAGAUAUGCUAUUUGACUGGGACCGACCAAAACACCUUGCCGUGUCAAGCACUCAGGUGGGGGCGGGUCUCACGUCGGCAACACAGUCGAUAUCGACAGCACAAUAUCUCGAAGACGAACCUUCCAUGUCACAGUUUCAAUCCAACCCAAGCGUCCCCCUCAGCCGGACGCAGAUGGCUCGACGAUUUCACGACAUCUUGCCCUCGUCAGGCCUGACAAAGUUCUAUUCUGGUUGGACGCUGAAUCUCCUUGUCCCUCGUGUCCUCGAGGCUUUAAGCCGAUUGGGAGUUCCCGCUCCAAACAUUCCUCGCCGGCCCACGGCUCAAGAUUACGAGUGUUUGGUGAAAGUGAAAACGCAAGAUAGUCGCGGAUGUCCCCUGAGCGGCAACAUUGCAAUGGAAGUGGUCAGCGAGGAGGGACUGGUCGAGGUGUGUUUUGUCAAGGCUUCGGGCGACCCCUUGGAGUGGCGGAGGUUCUUCAAACGGAUGGCUGUGCUGUGUCAGGAUGCGGUUGUCAAGCCAGAAUUUUGA